GUAAUCGCUGCAUUGAUGCAACGCUCGGCGGUCAGAAGGUCAGGCUGCUUCUCCGGUGGAUUGGAGCUCCUCACACAGCACACCAAAACCGGUUGUUUUGACCGGUUAUUAGCGGUUAACAUUUACAGCUCGCCUCUUUGUCUCCUGCCAUAGCGCUACUACUUUACUUGAGUAAGUAUCGUGACAUUAGCGGCUUUUUUUCCUCGGUGAGGAAAGCAACGUCCAGUAGCGAUAGCUGACAGCCGGUAAAGCUUCCCGUUUUUAAAUUUCUUCACGCUCCGUUCACCGCAGUCUUCCCCGAUGUCUGUGUCAAAAUGCACCCGGCUGAGCGGAGCUCUGGUGAAGCAGCUGCUGGACUCUGUGGACAGCAUCCUGUUCGACUGCGACGGCGUCAUCUGGCGGGGGGAUCAGGCCAUUCCCGGAGCUCCUCAAGUCAUAAACCUUCUGAAGGAAAAGGGCAAGAGGGUGUUCUUCGUCACCAACAACAGCACUAAGUCUAGGAAGAUGUAUGCCGAUAAAAUGACCGCGCUCGGCUUCGACGUGACGGAAGAUGAAGUGUUCGGGACCGCGUACUGCUGUGCUAUGUACCUGAAAACGGUCUGCAAGCUGGAGGACAAAGUGUACCUGAUAGGAAGCAACGCGAUGAGGCAGGAGCUGGAGGCGGUGGGGAUCCAGCAGACCGGGGUGGGACCCGACCACAUCUGCGGAAAGCCGAUUGACUGGGCCAACGUGCCCCUGGACCCCGAGGUGAAGGCGGUGGUGGUCGGUUUCGACGAGCAUUUCAGUUACAUGAAAUUGAACCGAGCCAUGCAGUAUCUGACCCAGCAGGGCUGUCUGUUUGUGGGGACCAACAGGGACACCAGGCUGCCCCUGGAAGGAGGCAAGGCCGUCCCAGGUACCGGCUGCCUGCUUCAGGCCGUUGAGACGGCAGCCCAGCGGGAGGCCCAGACUGUUGGGAAGCCCAACCACUUCAUGUUCGAUUGUGUGGCCUCCCAGUUCGGUGUGAAAGCCGACCGUUGCCUGAUGGUCGGCGACCGUCUGGACACUGACAUCUUGCUGGGCUCCAACUGCGGCCUGAAGACCCUUCUAACCCUCACGGGGGUCAGCACUGUGGCAGAUGCCGAAGCCCAUCAGAAAAGUGGCUGCCCAGAGAGGCAGGGGAUGGUGCCGGAUUACUACGUGGAGAGCAUCGCGGACCUCCUUCCAGCUCUGCAGGGAUGAGACUAAGCAACCUGCACAACACUCAGGAUCCAGUGUUUUUUUUUCUUUGUUUUUUUUCUUUUAAAAAAGGGAAUUUUUUUGUUUUGUGUUGUUUUCUGCUGCUUCAGAUCAUCUCUGUAACAGCACUUACCUGCUGUGGGACAGGAGACUAAAGCUAUAGAAGCUCUAUCUAUAUUUUAUUUUAUCUACUAAACCUAAUUUUAAUAUGUUUUAAGUGAUUAUUAACAGCGUGAGAACAAUAAUCCUCAGUAUUUUUUCAAUGUAUUUAAGCGUUGAGUUACGUUGCAAAUGAGUGUGUUCCUUUCUUUUUUUUAAAAAAGAUGUCAGUGAACUAUAAAGACCCUCACCAGAUAUGCAAUGUAACCUCUUGAGCAACUACAAGUCAAACUUGGGAAGAGAAGUGAGCACACACGAAGUGUCAACAGUUUAGUAAUAAGGUUUACAUCAUUGUUCCAACGGGCAGAAUCAGACUGAAAGGCGCUGAACUGGCUGAACUUGAGCUUUGUUUGUUCUGUAUUCUAAGACCUCAACACAAUGUUCCGAUAUCUGCAUUUAGAUUCAAGGGAUUGUGCAAGAGUAAUAUUUGGAUCCGUCAUGUUAUUUAUUACUUCAUAAAACAAUCACAUUAACAUUUUAAAAAAAUAUGUCUGACUUUCCUUAAGGGUAAGUAUCAUAUCCAAAAAAGACACGUUAAACUCAAAAAUAAACUAUUUUU